AUGAAGCUCUCCUUGCGGCUGCUGGAUGACAGCGACCCUUUCAAUGAGGUCUAUCCAGGCAAAAGCGUUUCAUUUGAUUUUGAAGAGGGUGUGGUGAUUGGAGAUUACCUUGAGGCUAUAGUCGCGCUCGUCAAAUGUCCACGCGAGAUUGGCGAUGUCACCCUUCAAGUUCAACGUGAUAAUCAGUAUCUUGACAAUGACUAUCCAAUCGAUGGUCAAAACGACGAUAUUGUACUAAAGGCGCACAGAACGAUCCUUGUCCGGUUGAGUUCAGAUGCACGUGCCAGAAAAUGUAUCG